AUUCUCACACCCAUCCUUGCUCUUCUCCAAGCAUCAUACUAAAACUAUACUUGCUUCAACUAUAUAAUGCCAACCCCUCUCUGUUUCCAAACAAAAACAUCACACACCCAAAUGAGUAUCUCCGUGAAUGGCCACUCCCAAGUCCCUCCCGGCUUCCGCUUCCACCCCACCGAAGAGGAGCUCCUCCACUACUACCUCCGCAAGAAGCUCUCCUUCCACACCGUCGAUUUGGAUGUCAUUCCCGACGUCGAUCUCAACAAGCUCGAGCCGUGGGACAUCCAAGAGAAAUGCAAGAUCGGAACCACUCCCCAAAACGAUUGGUACUUUUUUAGUCAUAAAGAUAAAAAGUAUCCCACUGGUACUCGCACCAAUCGCGCCACCGCUGCUGGCUUCUGGAAGGCCACUGGUCGUGAUAAAGUCAUUUACACCAACUCCCGCCGAAUUGGUAUGAGAAAGACUCUUGUUUUUUACAAGGGUCGUGCCCCUCAUGGCCAGAAGUCUGAUUGGAUCAUGCAUGAAUAUCGCCUCGAUGAAAUUUCCACCUCCCAAUCCAGUAAUAUUAAGGCGUCGACGAGCGGUGUGAUUGGAGACGGAGGACAAGAAGAGGGGUGGGUUGUGUGUAGGAUAUUCAAGAAGAAAAACCACCACAAAACCCUGGACAGCCCUGUCAGUACUACAAUUACCGAAACACCCUCCUCUCUCUUGCUUGAUUCUUGCAAUGACGGAGCGUUGGAGCAAAUCUUUCAUUACAUGGGUCGAAGCUGCAAGGACAUAGAAGACGGAGACGGCGGCGGCGGCGGUGGGAGAUUGCUCAGCCCCAUCGACACUUCCACCGGCGGUAGUUACCUGGAUGGCAGAUUCUCCAAACUUCCAAACCUCGAAAGCCCCAAUUCCACCAGCACCCACAACUGCCACCAACCCAUUAACAACCAUGUGGGCCCCACCGAUCCGAUUCUAAUUUCCGGCUACCAACUGGAGUCCUCUUCUGCCACCGCCGCCGCGGCUACAGCUCCUCACAACUGGGCGGCGUUCGACCGGCUGGUGGCCUCGCAACUGAACGGCCAAAUUGAAGUGUCCAAUAUGAUUUAUUACAAUGACCAAUUACCAACUCCACCAACACUACGCGGAACGACAUCGUUUUCGUCCAAAUCAUCCUCUUCUUCUUACACCGCCGCCGCCGGUCAGGAUUACAACAACGUGGACACAGAGCUGUGGAGCUUUGCGAAGUUGUCGUCAUCCCUGUCGUCGUCGUCUGACCCAUUAUGCCACGUGUCCAACACUCCAAUAUAGCUGCUACUCAGAAUCAUCCACGCGAAGAGAGAGAAAGAGAGAAGAAUUUGAAGACAAGGUUUUUAAUUAAUUAAUUAAUUAAUUAAAUAUUUAGGUAUGUGAUGAAUAAUAAUCAUAAUAUAGACUUAAUUCAUGUUACAUAAAUAAAUAAAAAUUCAAAAAGUAAAUGGGUAAUCAAAUUCAAGAGGGUUUUAGCUGGGUCACACUCCCCCAACUCCAAAUUAUUUUCUCUCAUCAGACAUCUUCUCCAAAAUUAUUAACAGUUUCGUUCGAAUCUCGAAAGAUUCCUGUAUAUAUAAAUAAGAAGAACAAAAACAUGUUCCUGCCACUAGUAGAGCUCUACACGAAGAUAGUGCUAGACGAAUAGAUGAUAGAUGAGAGUUCAAGGAGAGAUUGAAUGAGGUUUGAAAAUGGAUAUUAAGUAUGUGGAGGACACGUGGUUUGUCGAGUUAUAAUAAGGAAAUAGGGUAGCGAAGGCAAGGGCAUGAAGUGGUAUUGAGUGCAAAAGAAAGGAAGGGCUCCACUUCCCUCAACAUGAAUGACUGCCCAGAAAAAGGGUAAGGGGACGUACACCAAAAAGGAAAAAGUUGUUUUUUGAUA